AUGCUCAAAAAAGUGUCAGGUCCCAAGUGUAGGAGAGGUGAAGACAACAAGGACGAUGGUGGGAACCUAUGCUACUUUGCUUUUCGAUUUGGGUUCUGUCAAGAAUCAAUCUGCACAUGCCUUGAAGAAGGGGAGCCUGAAAAGUUGCCGUCGGUCAAGAAUGGGGACGAGGUCGUGGCAAAUGACCUCGUCGAUGUCGAUUUGAACCGCUUAUAUGAAGUGCCUGAAGGCAUCGUCACUGUACCACCUGACUAUGACGAGGACUCAGUCAAGACCCGAGAUGAGAACGACAAGAUGUGCUAUAUCUACCGGGGGUUGACCGACAGACAGGAUGGUUUAGAAUCAUGCAAGAAGCAAUGCCAAGCUACGCUCGACAAAGCCGAAGAAGAAGGCACUCCCAGCUAUAUUCCAGAUAUUGGGACGUCAUUUUUCCCGCCGGGCCGAGCACUCACUGCCGGAGCAGACAUGCUUCUCACAGGUGCUGAAAUGGUCAACUGGGUCUACAAGAAAAAUGAGGAUCUUGCAGUAGCGUUUGAAUGGUGGCUAAGUCCUUGUGGGGGAACUGACCUUGUGCCAGAUGAUAUAAAGCAAGCGUAUGAUAUCCUCAGCCAGGUUCCCGCUGGUCGUAGCCGCUUCAAAGGGCCCAAGAACAUCAAGAAGGGUAGCGGAAAGAAGGGCGAUGAGGGGAAUCCUACGGAUCGCUCCGCUCCCCGCCCAGCAGGUGGCCACAAUCCCAACCCCAAGCCAACACCGACACCGACACCGAAGCCAAAAUGCAGUGUUCCCAAGACUUCAGAGACGCAACAGCUUGGCGCAUUGCACAAUACUCUCCAACUUCUCGAGUGUGAUUCAAAUGACAAGACGGUGACAACACAUAUGGUAGUCACAUCGUUGACAUAUGCGGCCAAUGCUAAACCUACGGGUGUCACGGGCACUUGCAAGGAAACGCACACACAGGCUUGUUACCAUUACAGCUCAGCAAACGUCAACAAUCCGCACUGGUCGACGCUGAAAUGUCCUCAGGAGGCCGCAUCAACAGCACGUGCACGAGGGCCCGGCGUUCCAGCACCUAAGGCAACCGACACUUGGAAGUCAGAACACAUAGGCCGGUGGCGGCACAAGAGUCAUCGUGAUGAGCCCGAUUGCGACAUGGAUGAAUGGCCUCCUUUCUACCUACUCUCGCAGACAUCUGAUACUUUUAAACAAUCGGGUGUUGACAGGACUGGUCAGCGAAUGCGAUGGCUUAAGGGCGAUCAUAACACGGGAGCCGCCCGUCAAUGGAGAGUUGUCUGUUUUGGUCCCGCUCAUGACGGUAUGACCAUCGACGACUUCUACAAGAUGGUCAAGGAGGGCAAGGAGGGCCCCAAAGCAGUGACUGCCGAUAUCACGAGGUCGAACGUGAGAGAUGGGGAAAUUACUGUAGAAGAGCGACUCAUGCAUGACCUCCCGCAAGUCGACCUGAAAGUAUUUUUCGAUGGGCUAAAGCAAGACUACAUCACACUAAAGCUCAUACCCUGUCGUGGAAGGAUUACUAUCGAAGCCGACAAAAUUGAGGAACGGCUUGGCGAGGAUGUUAUAACGGAGGAAGAGGUGAUUGCACAGGAGGGGGCAUGGGGUACAGCCCUUGACAUCCACUAUAUCAGGCAGCUCUACCGAGGAUUCGGAUGGCCUCUCGCAUUUCGGAAAGAUGAAGCUUUCAACGCAGUCGACCAGCUCAUGGACAAGCUUGCAGAACAUCGGAACGAGUGGGAGCCCACGGAGGAGGAUUGGGACGAUGACGAUCAUUGGUGUUAA